GAAGCGCUCAACCGAUUGAACGCCAAUAACAGCGCCGUCGCCGUCAACGCGGAUAACGGCUCCGGCAGCGGGAAUAACGCCGACUCCACGGGACAGUCCAUACUGGACCGGGACGUGUGGCCGUCCCCUGAGCCCAGCAGUUCCAGCGGUUCGGGCGCCGCCAGCAGCGGCUCAGUGCUCAUCGCCAGCCUCGAGAGCGCCGCCACAUUCAACAAGAGCUCGCUGACGGACAUCCGGCAAACGCCGGGCCUCCAGACGCCGCUCGCCAGUCGGCGCAAGAAAAUGCACUACCAUUUCGACGAUUUAGAGGAAUGCUAUUUCACGACCCGAGCCAAGAGUCUGGUGCUGUCGUCGAGCGGCGACGACACCUCCACCGACGGUCUCCACGAGUUCGCCGAUACGCUCAAUAAGUUCACGUCGUUCUCGUCCCUCCGGCCGUUGGCCACCCUCUGCUACGCCAGCGACUUGUUCACCGGCUCCUCCAUCGUGUCGAGCAUCGAGUUCGACAAGGACUCGGAGUACUUCGCCAUCGCCGGCGUCACCAAAAAGAUCAAAGUCUUCGAGUACGCGACGGUCGUGAAGGACACGCUGGACAUCCACUACCCGAUCAAUGAGAUGGAGUGCUCGUCGAAGAUCUCGUGCGUCAGUUGGAGCUCCUAUUACAAGGCGAUGAUGGCCAGCAGCGACUACGAGGGAACGGUAACCAUUUGGGACGCCUUCACCGGCCAGAAGGCGCGCACUUUCCAGGAGCACGAGAAACGGUGCUGGAGUGUAGACUUCAAUCGCGUGGACACCAAUCUGGUCGCCUCGGGAUCCGACGACGCGAAGGUGAAGCUCUGGGCGGCGAAUGUGGAGAACUCUGUGACCUCGCUGGAGGCCAAGGCCAACGUGUGCUCCGUUAAGUUCAACCCUUGCAGUCGCUAUCACUUGGCGUUCGGGUCGGCCGACCAUUGCGUCCAUUACUACGACUUGCGGAACACGAAGAACCCGCUGAUGGUGUUCAAGGGCCACAAGAAGGCCGUGUCGUACGUGAAGUUUCUCAAUAAGGAGGAGAUCGUGUCCGCCUCGACGGACAGUCAGCUGAAGCUGUGGUCGACGACGAAGACGCCGAGCGUUCGCUCCUUUAAGGGACACAUCAACGAGAAGAACUUUGUAGGUCUGGCCACCGAUGGGGACUUCAUUGCCUGCGGCUCUGAGAACAACGCCCUCUUCGUCUACUAUAAGGGCUUAAGUAAACAAGUCUUGACUUUUUGGUUCGAUUCGGUCCGUGUCUUCGACAAGGAUAAGCGAGAGGACGACACCAGUGACUUCGUGUCGGCCGUGUGCUGGCGCUCCGGCAGCAACUGUGUGGUGGCCGCCAAUAGCCAGGGAACCAUCAAGAUCCUGGAGCUCGUAUGACUGGCCGACCAGUAGUAGCCCCGUGUAGUUCGCUCUCAUCACGUAUUGAAUUAAUAAUUAGUACAAUGAAAUUUGAACGCGACUUUUAUAUAUGACAAAAACCAAAUGUACAAAAAUGUAUUGUAAUAUAUUGUAACGAAUCACUUGUUUUUUUGAGCCAAUGUUUUAAAACCCAUAAUUUCUAAAUCCA